AAGUGUUUUCCCCAUUUCCCAGUUUUCCAUUUAAGCAUUUGCCAAACCGAUUUUCGGUAUUAUUAAAGUUUUCCAAUUCGCCAAUUGUCGACAAUGACGGUCUCUUAUACCGCUGAGGUGGCAACUUGCAGUCACUUUGGCUGCUUUUGGAAGCUUUUGAUCAGAUGGCGUGCAAGUAUUUACAAGAUUAUCUGGGUGGACCUACUGGCUUUCCUACUCUGCUUCUAUGUUGUGGCCAUCAUCUAUCGAUAUGCUUUGAAUCCAAAGGAUAAAGCCUACUUUGAGGAGAUUGUAAUGUACUGCCAUAGCUAUGGCAACUUGAUUCCACUCUCCUUUGUUCUGGGCUUUUAUGUGGGCAUUAUAGUAGAUCGUUGGUGGAGUCAAUACAUUACAGUGCCUUGGCCUGAUCCUUUGGCUGUUUAUGUGAGUGCCUUAGUACGUGGUCAGGAUGAACAUGGACGUCUAAUGCGACGUACCAUAAUGCGUUAUAUGUGUUUGGCCUUAACUAUGGUCUUAACCUUGAUAUCACCUGUGAUCAAGCGACGUUUUCCCACUUAUGAUCAGCUGAUUGAAGCUGGUCUUCUCAAUGCCAAUGAGGCAAAUAUUAUCAGAGCCAUGGAUGCCAAGUUUCCAAAGCAUCCCAAGUACUGGAUGCCCAUCAUUUGGGCCAGCAGUAUUGUUACCCGAGCCCGUAAAGAGGGUCGCAUUUGGGAUGAUUUCUCCCUAAAGUCUAUGAUUGACGAGAUGAAUAAAUUUCGAGCUGGUUGCAAUAUGUUGAUACAUUAUGAUACCAUAUCAGUGCCUUUGGUUUACACGCAGGUCGUUACCCUGGCUGUUUACACUUACUUUAUAGCUGCUAUUUUUGGUCAUCAAUGGAUAGAUCGAGAGUCAAGUAGUGGAAUGUAUAAUAAUAUAGUUGAUUAUUACUUUCCACUAUUCAGCACCUUGGAGUUCUUUUUCUUUAUGGGUUGGCUGAAGGUGGCUGAAACCCUGAUCUGUCCCUUUGGUGAUGAUGAUGAUGACUUUGAGCUGAAUUGGCUGAUUGAUAGAAAUCUGCAAGUUAGCUACUUGAUUGUGGAUGAAAUGCACAACGAUCAUCCGCAGCUGGUGAGGGAUCAGUACUGGGACGAGGUCUUCCCGAAUGAACUACCCUAUCUGGUGGAGGCCGAGAGAGCUGAGCAUCCAGAGGCGUCCACUGCCAAACUUGGUCUUUCCAAACCCAAAUCCAUUAGCUCAAAGUCAACCAAAAGCGAUGAUGAAUAUUCGACUUAUGGCGAGGAGGAGGAGGAAGGAGAAAAUGAACUAAAGAUUCGAUUUGCCAAGCGUGACUUCAACUUUAGUCAUAGCUCCGUUACGGUGUCAAGAACCACGGAAAAGUCGAGUCCUCCAACUGGUCAUGACGAUGAAGUAGAUGAUGAGGAACAGGAUCUCGAUAAGGAUGACUUUGAUCGUUUGCGUAAGGAACGUGAAAGGGAGCGUAUGAAUCGUCAGAUUCAACAUGCUGCUCUCACCUAUGAGCUGAUGAAGGAUGAGAUGGCCUCGAGCAAAGGAUCAGAGCCAGGAUCUGAUCAAGGAAUUCAAACGGUCAAGAGUUUUAUCAGUCGGAAAAAGGCAGAAAGCACCGAUGAAGAGGACAAUGAUAAGGAUCAAAACGAAGAGAAAAAGAAAUAGUUUUCAAAUUAAAUUUUAUAAUCAUUUUAAU